CCGACCUGCGCCGCGGCCGCCGAGGGCUGCCCCGAGCCCGCCCUGCUGCGCGCCGCCGACAGAGCCGCCCAGUUCGCGGGGGACGACUUUGCCCACGCCGCUCCCGAGCGAGGCGGCGGCGCCCCGGGCGUGCAGCUCACCUGCGACGUCAAGCCAGGAGAAAAUGAAGUUCCAUCUGAAGAUGCCCUAAUACUACAACUGCACCUUGCAAAAGGGCACGAGAAAUUCACAGAAAUGCUAAAAAGCCAACAGCAGAUCAUUGUUGAUUUGCAGCAAAAACUUGCUGAACAGCAGCACGUGUUGGUUAGCCAGCAACAGGAGAUUCUUGAACAGCAAAGAAAAAUGUAUGAGCAAAUGGAUCUGAUCAAAGUCCAGUAUGGCAUGCUUUUUGAUACAGUGAAACAAAUGUCAUUUCAGAGUUUGCAAGAAGAUAUUCAAAAUUAUUUUGAAAGUCAUCUUCAUGGGCUUCAGAACCAGGUCAGAAAUCAUCUCCAGAAGUCAUACUCUGUGCACAAAGUAGAAGUGGAUGCAAAAGUGAUUAAUGUUGGGGAGGCUUUGCUGGACUGUGGCCUUUGUGAAAGUGACGAAUUUUGCAAUUUCCAAAAGACUCCUUCACAAUGUGAAAAGUGCACGUUGUGUCCUGCUGGUUUUUUCCAAAUGGCCGAGUGUUCUGCAAACUCUGAUCGGAUUUGCCAGGACAGAGAUGAGUGCAUUGAAUCUCCAAGCAUUUGUGGUGAGAGGAUAAAAUGCCUCAAUACUCCAGGUGGUUUCCGAUGCCUUGGAAUUGCUGAGAAGGAUGCAGCUUUGGGAAUGUGUGGAGAGGAAUAUUUCUUUAAUAAGGAAAUGCAGGAGUGCCAAGCAUGUUUAAAGUGUGAAGAUGGAAUGGUGGCUGUGCCUUGUUCCACUGUCAGUGACACGAUUUGCUCAGCAGCCAGUGAAAACAAGCUCUCAGAGUCUUGGGCUGCAAACAUCGUUCUGCCCUCUGCAAAGUCUGGCGUCUCUCAGGUCUACUCUGGCUUGAACUUGAAGAUAAAAGGAAAGCUCCCCUGUGAUAUCCUGUCCACUGAAGAGAGCAGCCUGGUAUUCAGGCAACAUGGUCUGUUGUGGACUGACCUAAAUUUUGCAGUAAAGCACAACUGCAGGAACUUCUUGCAGCUUUCCUUAAAGCUUAAUGGCAGCGAGGAAGACCAUGAACUGAGUGGUGUUCGGAUUGAGCAGCCAGAGGGAAAAUAUUUCCAGAGCACGAGUUUAAGUAGUGCUGCUGAAGUGGAGCCCAGCCAAACUCUUUCUGUGUAUUUGAGGAGCCCUAAUCAAUUCUGCAAUCAAAGCAAAGACUUAAAUAUUUAUGAUCUUAAUACCCCACUCAGUUUGUUUUGGUUGUCCCAUGACACAGGUGCUGUGGCACUCAGUGCACAGAUGUCAACAGCCAUGCAUUACCAAACCAACUAUCGACCUACCUUUAAAAUAAUUUCUGUUUCUGACCCUUAUAUGCUAAGUUUAUCUCAUGAUGGUAGAGCUAUAAAGUUCACUGAAACUGGUGUUGUCAAAUUUGUGUUUCAUCAAGCAUUGUAUUCCAUGGGUCAUACAUGUGUCCGAGAGGGCUUCUCCCUAAUUUCUUACAUCAAUAGGAAUGGUACCAACAGAGAAUUAAUGAAUGUAUAUAAAUCUGGGGUAAAUUACAGGGACACAUCAAUAUCUGCUUCUGGGGCCACAAAGGUUGAUGCUGGAGAUCUGGUUAGCUUUGAGAUACUUUCUCCUGCACAGUGUAAUGUUCGGUAUUUUGGAGAUAGUUCUGGAAUCAGUAUGUUCAGCCUCAUCUGGAUCCCUUCAGCAGUUUCUAGUGCCAUAUCAGCUACAGUUUCUGUUACAGGUCUCCCUACUGGAGCAGUGAGAAACAAACUACUGGAUUUCACCCAGGUCUCAUCCAAUGAGAAACAGAUACAGCUGGUUUCUUCUGGACAGCUUGCUCAGAAGUAUUUUAUUUUUACUGAAAAGGGAGUUGCCAGCAUUGCAUUUAACUUAAAGCUAAUCCAUUCGUGCAAUGUGCUCAAAGUGACUCUCAAUCAGCUGACCAUGGAUCACAUGCAACCCACAGCAGUUGCUCAGCAGAUUGGAGGUCAGAUGCCAGAGGGAAGCAUAUGGACCAGUGUGUCCCUCCGUGCAUCUUUUGAAGUACAUAAUGGAACACUGGUAUCAGUUUCUCUUGACUGUGUGCGUGGAAGGAUCAACCAGAUCACUCAUGAACAUGGAACCAGCAUAUCUAUUUUAUGGAUUUCAUCUUAAUUUCUGCCCAGUGAAGUUAGCAUGGAAUUGGGGUUUCAAUUGUAUUUGGAUUCUGCUUUGAUUCUAUACAUAUUUGACACUAUACUGUGUUGACUUGAGCAGGUCAUCCCACAAAAUGCUCUCAAUUUUAGGAAUAUUUAAAUAUAAUCAUAACUGAAUUAUCACUAUUUAAAGAAAACAAGAGCUUUCAAGUGAAGAUUUUAAUUCUGUUACCAUCUUCAGGCAGGGGAAUGUGGAAUUCAGAUCAAAUUCCCUUAUUUUAAUUUAAAAAAAUGUUUAUUUCUGGACCACAAAAAAUUGCAGCUGAGGGUAAAUAGCAUUUAGUACUGUAACUGAAAGCAGCACAGCCAAAUAAUUGAAACUUGCUUUAAUUUUUUUCAUGCAACAGGCUAAUAAAAAGACUAAAUGUACUUUCGGGCUAAUUUGUCUACAUCUUACAAAAUGUUUUGCUUUCCAUAAAUUGAGAGAACAUGCCUCAAAUAGGUGAUAAUGUGGCAGCACUAGAGUAUACAUUCUUAAUAUUGUGGAAAGGGACUGGGUCAAAAAUAGGAUAUUAUUUUUACAACAAAAACAGUGGAACUAAUGACUGCUCUAAUUUCAUUUGGAAGUAAUCUGCAUUUAAGGAAUUUAGGAAGGCUUUUCUCUGUUUUUAGUUUUGCCAGUGAAAAGUUGCAGAAUGAGAAGGAAGGAAGUCUCUUCUUACAAGGAAGAGUACAUAGGCAAAAAGAAACAAGUAUAUUAAAAGAAUCUCUUGAGAAUUGGACUUCUGAAAAUUAAGCAAAUUUUUAUUCCGUUACUUUUAAGCAGCAAAAUAUUUUUCUGAUUUAAAACCCCCAUUAUUCACAAAUCUGUUUAUUUUGUCAGACAGGUACUUACAUUUAAAAGGCUUUUUAUUUUUGUCCAAUCAAUCAGUUAAUUCAACAAAAUGGUGUAUUCAUUGAUGCUAAUUUUUAUCUUCUUCCAACUCUUCCAUCAAACUAGUUCUUUCUUUUUCUAAACUAUAUAGACUGUUUUAUCCCAUUUUCUUCUUUCUCCUCUACAAAUGCUUUUCCACUCUCCUUUCUCAUUUCUUUUGUUAAGAGUAAAGGACAAGCCUUGUCACAUCUCUUUCCAGCUUUCAGCAUUCCUACAACAGGAUACAUGUUUGUGUCACAGAUGUAACUACAGGAGGGGGAUGUUACCAAUGCACUUGCAGGCUGCCUUAAAUUAACCCUACUGAAAAGAAAUAUUAUGCACUAUAUUACUUUAAUGUGUCUGCCUGAGUAUGUAUAGCUAAGAUAUAUGUACAUUGCUGUGUUUUAAUCUGUUUUGGGGUUUGUUACACUGUUUUUGCUGUAUAAUGGCCUCCUAUAAUUUUCUGUAAUAGAAUGAACCCAAGUGCAAGACUUCUGUCUGGUCAUUGGUUUAACUUGUGACAUUAUAACUGUGUCCUUAACAUCUGAAGUUAUCUUUCCAUCAUUGUUUUUUUCUUCAAGAAUAUGCUCAAGGGUUCAGGCUUUUGACAAACUGCUUUCCUGCUCCAAAUAGAGAACAGUAGUUGUUCUUGCUUUCAGCUGCAAAAUCCAAGCAGCCUGUCAGAGGACCCCUCCCUGGGCUUUGUGUUGCAGCCAGUGUAAGUACACAAACCAGUAAUCCUGGUGUCCCCAAAGUCUGUCAGUGACAGAGAUCUCAGUGCCUGUGUGUAGCCAGCAUCUCAUUCGUUCUUGCAAGGUCAUAAGGAAGGAUGGAUUAAAACUGCUAUUGAAGGUGUUCAACAUUUGCACAAUACAGUUAUCAUUACAGAGGUCAUUUGUAGUGGUAGAGAAGGACUUCUGGAAUGAAGAGCACCUGUAUCUGUGUGCAGAAGAGCUAUGUUACCUGGGAGCAGAGCAGUUUUUCUGGGAACUUCACUCUUGGAGCCUACUAAGACUGAACAAAGAUGAAGUGGCAGAGGAGUAAAAGUUCUUCUGACAUUCUGCUUUCUGUACAAGGGUGCAUGUGAUGUAGGAGAAGCUCUGCAGAGAGCACACCUGGGUAUUUUUAUGGUAAGAGUUGAGGGAGAGACAAUGUUAGAGAAAGGUAGAAAUUAUAGGCUUACGUUUUUGUUUUAGAAAAAGUUAAGGAAGCCACUUCCUCACAAACAGAGCCCCUUAUCCUUUGCUGGUUUGUGCUCUGCAGUUUUGUUGAAGGUUGUCACUCACCAGAAUGACAGCUUAAGACUCAUUCUAGAUUUAAACCUGUGUAGCAGAGAUCAGAAUCUGGUGUUUGAAAUAAUCUGGUACAUCUUCAGCAAAGUGCAGAUGUUACUUGAAUAUAGUAAACAUUUGUCUAUAUGUGGCAUAUAGCAAAUCUAAUGGCAUGGUUUGUCUGAGUAUGCUUUAUUUGAGUGGGAUUGUGAGAUUAGUGCAGUUAAACAGGGAAGAAAAUGAUGCUACAAUCCUGUAUUAUGCAUGCUGGUGGUAUUUGUGUUUAAAUGCACUGUUAUUAAAGGAUACAGAAGGUACAAGGAAGGUACAAGUGAACAUUAUUACAACUGAGAGAAGUUCCAGAGAAUAAAUUCUUCAAUAUAAUAAAACUUCUUCAAUAUAGUAAAAGGGUUCUGUGGAGAGUGCCCAUAAUUUCUCUUAAAUUCAGAGUAAGUUUUUAGAUGCACAGUGGCAGAAACACAGUUUGUAUCCAUCUGGUCGUGAUAAUGCAUCUAAUAAUGUUUUACUUAUGUCAUCUGAGAUAAGGCACUCAGAGAGUGGAGAUAUGUAUUAUCUAAUUAUCUAAUAUGUAUUAUUAAUUGCAGUUUGCAGCAAGAUUAGCUUUAUUUCAAGAAAGAGGAGGCUGAUCAUUGAGCCUCUUUUGAAUCUCUCCCUUUCAAAAAAAGAAAAACCUGGAUCUGUCAUUGAGGGCACUCAGACCUUGGUUAUAACAACAGGAAUUUGAGUGAGUAUGUUGGAAUCAGUAUAGAAUUAUGAUAGCCUAAUUAAUGGCAUAGUAUAUAGCCUUUGCAUCUAUGAAAAUUAUAUAUAUUGCCUCAUACCAUGCAACAUUAAGUGGUGCACUACGUCCUGAAUAAGAUAGAGUUCAAGAGGAAUCGAUGCACAAUGAAUGCUAAUCUUAUGGCACUUACCCCAUUUGCUGUAAUAAAUUGCAUGUUUUGUUGACAGGUAUCUUAUAAAUUAUAUUUACAAAUUUAGAACUUUUUUUCCCCAUAUUUUUUUCUAUUAAUAGUACAAUAUAAUACUAUGAAGUACAGAAUUCAUUAAAAAGCUUUUAUUUUGCAUGUUUUGAGACUACAUUCAUGAAUAUGGUUAAAGUAGCUGGAGACAGGCUCUUCAGUCUUUUCUGUCAGAGAAUGUUUCCAAAGGAAGGAUUCACAAAGUAACAGAGUAAGUAUGAGGAUGGUAGAUUCUACCUGUACAGAAUUAGUUUAAGUUAAAACAUUCAGGAAAGCAGGUGGUUAUUUCACUGUGUUAUGAAGAUAAUGGACAACUUCUUGUUAUAGAAAACUUGACCAUUACAGGAGGAAAAUAAUUUAGGUUGUAUAGUGCUGCUUAUACAAAAGAAAAAAAGAUUUGGCUUACAAAACCUGCAUAGAUUUGUAUUGGGAAACAUUUUGGAAGUUCAAAGGUUUUACCUGAAUAUAUUUAUUACCUAUGCAAAUUUUUUAUGCUUUCUGUCAAGUCAAAACUGGGCAGAAUAUGUGAAGUCUAUUUUAAUGUUGUGGAUAUUCCUCUGUUCUGUGGUCUCUGCAGAUUGCAGUACACUGUGAGAACUGUACUAUUUUCUAGUGGUGCUUUUAAAAAAUUUUUCUACUUUGAAAUAUUACCUUGUUUUAAAAAUACUGUUUAGAUACUUUCCUUUGUUAAUAUUACAUUGUAAUAUGUUUUAAGAGAACUUCACUGAGAUAAAUAAAAUUAUAA